CCUGCACAGCCUCACCUGCUCUCUGUGUCUCACCUGCAGCCUGCUUCCUCUCCUCCGUACUUGUAGCUCAACCUCUCCCUGUUAACUGUUUUUAUCCUUCUGACCGAGGUUUGUCUGGACGCGUUCAAAGAUGCUGGCUUGUACGGAGAUGAUCACUAUGUGCCUGCAGUCCGCCAAGCAGAAGCAUCUCCGGGCUCAGCAGCAGCAGCAGCAGCAGCCGCUGCACAGCGCCGGACAGGGACUGACUAUCUUUCAUGAUAUUUUCCGCCGUGCAGACAAAAACGAUGAUGGUAAGCUGUCCUUCGAUGAGUUCAAUGCUUACUUUGCGGAUGGGAUCCUGACCACUGAGGAGCUGCAGGAGCUUUUCUACUCCAUAGAUGGCCGACAGAACAACAAUCUGGACACUGACAAGCUAUCAGAUUAUUUCUCCCAGCACCUGGGGGAGUAUCUCAAUGUACUUUCAGCUUUGGAGAGCCUGAAUAUCGCUAUUCUAAAGGCUAUGGAUAAAACCAAAGAGGAGUACCAGGGUUCCAGUGUGCUGGGCCAGUUUGUCACCAGGUUUAUGCUAAGAGAGACAUCCAGUCAGCUGCUGUCCCUGCAGAGGUCACUGCAGUGUGCCAUGGAGGCUGUGGAGGAGCAGAGCAGCCCUGCCCCCAGAGAAGUAAAGGCCCCCGAGCUGACAGCAGCAGAGAGGAAUGGCAGGCGGUGUGGCCGCAGGCUCCAUAAUAACCUGUGCAUGUCUCCAUCGGAUCCCUGCUCCAAUAUCCUGACCACAGGUGUGAAUGUGGGAGAUGAAGAGAACUGGUGCUCUCAGAUCAGCCGGCUGCAGCAGCUGCUGGACAAAUUGGAGUGUCAGAGUCCCAAGUUGGAGCCACUGAAAGAGGACACACUGGCCAGCACGUACAAAUCUAACAUCCUGCUGGUUCAGAGGCAGAUGUCAGUGACCGAUCAAGACCUGGACAACUUCCGGAAAGUUCUCAAAAGCUACAUUGAUGCCACCUCGGCCCACUCUGACAACCUGCACGUGUCCGUUCAGAAGCUCCCGGGGAAGUCGUGUUACAUAAUGUAUGAGUUCUGGCAGGACCGCAUCUCCUGGAUGAGCUACCUGCAGACCAACAGCAGUAAAGACUUCCAGCGCUGUGUCAUUGACAUGUUGGAGGAUGCUGAAAUAGUUUCUACCAUGUUGCUCCCAGCGUCCUGGUGGAUUAUGACUAACAACUAACCCCUGGAUGUCACAUCCACUGCCUACACUGUCACACGGACAAAGACACGCUGGCGCUCCAUCCUUCCCACCCACACGCACACACAAAACGGAUUCACGGACGCACACACAUGCACAGGGGAAUUCAUCCAUCCGAGUUUGAAAGCAACAGGAGACUGAGACAAUGGCGUCAUCCCGCUUUCUCCAGCAGCAUCUUUUAAUAUUCCUCUGACUGCGAAUGCUCAUUAUUGUGCCGCUUGUAUCAAAAGGGAUAGUCGCACCCUAUAGCCAAUCUACGCACUUGAAAGUGACGGAUUCACUGCAACACAAAGCAAUCUUACUGAAGGUUUUUUUUUUUUUAACAACUCUAUCUUUCACUUGCGUAAUCGUCUCCUCUCUCUUGCAGUGUUUUUCUGAUAAUUAUGCCAGUGGACAAACCAUCCAAAACAUGCUAGAAUAGGCUAUAGAGCAAAUCCAAUUGGAUUCAAAACAACCAUGGCAGUGGUGUUUUGUGCGUUUGAUGAGUUGUUUACUGUAGAAUACAGUUUGAAAAAAGCAGGGGAGGAGGAGAUGAAGGUUUACUGCAGCUGAAACAUGCAUGCUGAUGACUGUGAAACUUUCCUUUCUAUCCUGGCUGUAUAUGUUGUAUUAUAUAUGCUGUAGCACUGUUUUUCUUUCCUUUAGCUAUCCUACUGUCAUGUGCACAGAAUGCCAAAAAGGUAACCUACAUCAGCCUAGGCAUUAACCUAUUGCUAGAUAUGUUAGUGAUUAGUAUGAGUUGCCUUUCUUAAUUUUCAGCAUUGAGGACAUUUUUUGUCUCUUAUGUAAGAGUAUCAAAAAAUAAUGUGUUAAAUAGGGGAUAAUGUUUGUGGGGGAGAUUUAUUGUAUCACUAAGUUAUCAAGAGGAACUAUAUUUAAUGUAUGAUGCAUUUAUUUUGAUCAGAGUGUAUCCCAUGUGUAAAUAUAAAGAGUGUAUUCAUAAUUCUGUUGUGUUUUGGUUCUGUGUCG